AUGUCGUACCUUAGGUUUGAGUACCUGGCACUGCUAGGAUCCUUGAUCUUAGUAUUCCUAGAGACUAUCAUUCAUCUAAUAACAUUCUGCCUUCGUGAGUCCAGAUCCUUGUAUUACCCCGUGCUUCCAACUGACGUGCAGCUAGCAUCGCCGAUCAUUCGAUUUUGCCACGAUCAGUCGAAGAAACUCUUCAAUGUGCUUAUCUCAAAAGACUCGCAUGAUAAACGACCCAAGGAUGAGAUCCUUGCCGCGUCCAUAGCAGAGGCGUCGGACUUCGUCGAGAUGUGCGCCUUGUUUGGAUAUGAGGCGGAGGAGCAUAUCGUCCAAACUUCUGAUGGAUAUCUUCUUGGACUGCACCGACUGGCUUACCGGAGAGGUGAAGAAAAUAUGCGGGUCAAUCAGGGACCUGGCUCAAUUACCAAGAAAGUCGUCUAUCUUCACCAUGGUCUCCUCAUGUCCAGUGAGGUGUGGGUCGCCUUGACCGAUGAACAGCGGUGUCUUCCGUUCCAGCUGGUCGAAAAGGGCUAUGAUGUUUGGCUUGGAAAUAAUCGGGGCAAUAAGUAUGCGAAGAAAUCUGUACAGUUCUCGCCUGGGUCAAAUGAGUUCUGGGACUUUUCCAUUGAUCAGUUCGCCUUUCACGAUAUCCCAAACAGCAUCGAGUACAUCCUCGAUGUGACCACCCAGCCAUCGCUAUCAUACAUUGGUUUCUCGCAGGGUACCGCGCAGGCAUUUGCAACCCUAUCUAUCCACCCACUGCUCAACCAAAAGGUUGAUGUUUUCGUGGCCCUGGCUCCGGCAAUGGCGCCUUCCGGCCUCCGCAAUCGUAUCGUCGACUCUCUCAUGAAGGCCUCUCCAAACUUCUUGUUCCUCCUCUUCGGUAGACGCAGUAUCCUUUCCUCAACAACGAUGUGGCAGACAAUCUUGUAUCCGCCAAUCUAUGUCCGCAUCAUUGAUACUGCCCUUUCAGUCCUGUUCAACUGGCAAUGUCGCAAUAUCACCCGAACCCAAAAGCUCGCCGCAUAUCUCCACCUUUACUCCUUCACGAGUACUAAGUCCGUCGUUCACUGGUUCCAGAUCAUCCGCAACAAAAAUUUCCAGUUCUAUGACGACGAACUGCAAACCCCUUUCAGCAUUGUUGCAAGUGAGCGCUUCUACAAGCCUGUCAAGUACCCGACCCGCAACAUCAAGACACCUAUAGUGCUCCUUUACGGCGGCAGCGAUAGUCUUGUUGACAUCAAUGUCAUGUUGCAGGGCUUACCUCGUGGGACCGUCGCCAAGCCAAUACCCACUUACGAGCACUUGGACUUUUUGUGGGCCGAGGAUGUGGACCGACAAGUCUUUCACCAUGUAUUUGACGCAUUGGAGACAUAUAGCCCGAAGAGCGUCAACGGUGUUCAAACAAACGGUGUCAACGGUGCUAACGGCAUUGAUCCAAAUCCAACCAACUUUCUCGAUGAAAGACCUUCUAUCACAACGCAUGCCUCGAAUAGCUCUCUACCAAGACACCGGACAAACUUGACAGUCGAUCCUGGCUACAGCCCAGCGCCAUAG